UAAUUACUAUUAUAUAAUUAUUAUAUAUAAUAAUAUAAUUAUAUUAUUAAAUAUUUUUAUAGUAUAAUACGGUAGAGAUCGGAAGUUCGGUUCCGGUCCCUUUUAACCGUUUCAAAUUUUUCAAAAUUUUCAUUUCGAAUAAAUUUCUGUUACAUAAGGUUCUCGUUGUUGCAUCUUAAAGAUAAGACUCUUCGAAAUGAAAACGACACUGUACGUAAUAUGCCUAUUACGCGCUUUCGCAGUGGUCGAGUGUAUCCCAGAAUUGCAGUUAUUACAAAUCGUGUUCGCUCAUAAAACGUACGCUCCAAUUUUGGGCUUGAUAAGCAACAACGAGACGAAUUUACCGAGGAGAUUAACUUACGACCAUUUUACCACCGCCCCGAUCAGCAUGCCGAAUUCUGGUAUGCUCAAUAUGUACAACCUAGGCGUUCAUUUACGCGAGAGGUACAAUGAAUUUUUGGGCGACGUAUACAAGCAAGAGACGAUGAAAAUGCAAACGGCUGAUUAUCCGCUAUCGAUGAUGUCCGGCCAAUUAGUGAACGCUGGUCUUUGGCCCCCGGCGGAGAUCCAAAAAUGGAACAGCGAUAUAGACUGGCAGCCGAUACCGACAGAUUACGUGUCCAUGCGCAAAGAUACUUUGUUGCUCGGUAUGCACUGUCCAAGUUUCGUUUCCGAAACGAGGAAAAUUUUGAACUCGGAUCAAGCGCGGGCAAUGAUGAAGGAAUAUUCAACUCUGUUCAAGCUUCUUUCUCGGAAUACCGGAAUGAAAAUUCAACAUCCGUCCGAAGUUGCUUUAUUGUAUGCUGUUCUUGAAACUCAAGCUGAUCUGAAUCAAUCUCUUCCAUAUUGGGCGAAGGACAUCUUCCCUCACGGAGGGAUGUAUAACGUGUCCUUGUUGGAGCAGGAUCUUCUUUCGCAGACUCCUCUGCAAAGGCAAUUAAACGGAGGGACGUUCUUGAAAGAAAUUUUAACGAAUUCAUUGUUGUAUAUUCGUGGAAAGAUACCGAAGGAGAGGAAGCUCAUGAUUUACAGCGGUAACGAGAGAAAUAUCAUUGGGAUCUUGAAGAGUUUGAAUCUUUGGUCACCUCAUAUUCCUAACGAGGCUGCAUCCGUCAUUUUCGAAAUGUAUUUUGAUAAUGAAACAGAGAGUCAUGGAAUAAAGAUUAAUUAUUAUACAGGAGUAGAAGAUGAUACUAUACCCUUGACAAUACCGAAUUGCACAGAAAUCUGUCCAUUAAAAGUAUUUUUAAAUUCAGUAUUUGAUGUAUUACCAGAAAAUGAAAAUAUAUUGUGUCAUUGGAAGAAGAUUGAUUCACAUGAGCAGGACGAAUUAGUAAUAAUAGAUAAUACAAUAUUCGGUAGAUCUGCAACGCAUGAAUUAAGAAUGGUUUUAAUUAGUCUGUUAUUAAUAAUCACCUUAUUUAUACUUUAAUGAAUCCCAUUUUUUAAAGGCAAGUCUCGCAACAAAUUAAUCUCAGUAAUUGAAAUCUCAAUAAUUGUUAUAACAAUCCAAUUUAUUAAAAUUUAUUUAUAUCAUACAUACGUUAGGGGAAGCUAUGUACAGUAAAUAAAUUAUAAUUAAAA